AUGGCGCUCGACACUUUCUUCCACAACAAGAUCGAGGGCAUGAAGCUCGAGAUCAUCCAGGGCCAAGCUGUUCUCCGGAGACUGGAAGCCCAAAGAAACGACUACAACUCUAGAGUACGACUUCUUAGAGAAGAGCUGGGUUUAUUACAGCAGCCUGGAUCGUAUGUCGGCGAGGUUGUAAAGGUCAUGGGCACGAAGAAGGUUCUAGUCAAGGUUCACCCAGAGGGCAAAUAUGUCGUGGAUAUUUCCGAUAACGUCGACAUCACAAAGCUCGCCGUUGGAAAGCGAGUCACCCUCCUCUCCGAUUCCUACAAACUCGAAAAGAUGCUCCCAUCCUCCGUCGAUCCCCUGGUUUCCCUAAUGAUGGUGGAGAAGGUACCGGACAGCACAUAUGAUAUGAUUGGUGGUCUGGACCAACAGAUCAAGGAGAUCAAGGAGGUCAUUGAACUAGGUCUCAAACAUCCCGAGCUCUUCGAAUCUCUCGGCAUAUCACAACCAAAGGGUGUUCUUCUCUACGGUCCUCCCGGAACAGGAAAGACAUUAUUGGCAAGAGCUGUAGCACAUCACACAGACUGCAAGUUUAUCAGAGUCUCGGGCUCGGAGUUGGUGCAGAAGUACAUUGGAGAGGGUUCAAGAAUGGUUCGGGAGCUGUUCGUUAUGGCGCGAGAGCACGCCCCAUCCAUCAUCUUCAUGGAUGAAAUCGAUUCUAUUGGAUCAUCUCGUGUAGAAGGAUCAUCUGGUGGCGAUUCCGAGGUGCAGAGAACCAUGCUGGAAUUACUAAACCAACUUGACGGUUUUGAACCUACGAAGAAUAUCAAAGUCAUCAUGGCUACGAACCGUCUGGACAUAUUAGAUCCUGCACUACUACGGCCUGGACGUAUCGACCGAAAGAUUGAGUUCCCACCACCAACUGUUGAAGCUAGAGCAGAUAUUCUCCGAAUCCACAGCAGGAGCAUGAACUUGACUCGAGGAAUCAAUUUGACUAAGAUCGCCGAGAAGAUGAACGGGUGCUCUGGAGCAGAAUUAAAGGGUGUAUGCACGGAAGCUGGCAUGUACGCACUGAGGGAACGCAGAAUCCAUGUUACAAACAGCGACUUUGAGCUCGCAACAGCAAAGGUAUUAAACAAGCACGAUGACAAGGAAGUAAGUCUGGGGAAGUUGUUUAAAUAG